AUGGCAAAUCCCACACAGCAAAGCCGGGCCUGGUGGAAGGAGAGCUCCGUCUACCAGGUGUACCCGGCCUCCUUCCAAGACUCCAACGGGUCUGGUGUUGGUGACCUCAAGGGCAUCAUCUCUCGUGUGGAUUACCUGAAGAAUCUCGGCGUCGACAUCGUGUGGCUGUCUCCCAUAUUCGAUAGUCCCCAGAUUGACAUGGGCUACGACAUUAGUGACUACAAGAAGAUUUACCCUCCGUAUGGUGACAUUGCAGAUGUAGACACGCUCAAGGACAAGCUACACGAGCGAGGAAUGAAGCUUGUGCUUGAUUUGGUCAUGAACCAUACUAGUGAUCAGCACCACUGGUUCAAGGAGUCGCGGAAAUCAAAGGACAAUCCAUUCCGGGACUGGUACAUCUGGAAACCUCCCAAGUACGAUGCCCAGGGGAACAGACAGCCUCCAAACAACUGGGGAGGUCACUUCCAAGGUAGCGCAUGGGAGUACGAUGAACAAACUGACGAGUACUAUCUGCACCUGUUUUGCACGGAGCAGCCCGACCUGAACUGGGAAAACCCAGCCGUCCGCAAAGCCGCGCAUGAUGUGAUGCGGUUCUGGCUGGAUCGAGGCUGUGACGGGUUCCGUAUUGAUGUCAUCAACUUCAUCAGCAAGGACCAGUCAUUCCCCGACUCUGAUAAGACCGUGCUCCCCGGCUCUGAGUUCUAUGCCGCCGGACCUCGUCUUCACGAAUAUCUGAAAGAGCUUGGGGCCAUUCUGAAGGAGUACGAUGCCUUUAGCGUCGGCGAGAUGCCCUGCGUCCACGACGAGCAGCAGCUGAUCAAAGCUGUUCGCUCCGACCGCGGAGAGCUGAGCAUGAUCUUCCACUUUGAACUGAUGGACAUCGAUCACGGUCCAGGGGGCAAAUUCUCCUCCAAGGACUGGAAGCUCUCCGAGCUCAAGAAGACCACGAACAAGUGGCAGCGAUUCAUGUACGACAACGACGGCUGGAAUGCGCUCUACCUCGAGAACCACGACCAGCCCCGCUCCGUCAGCCGGUUCGCCAACGACAGCCCCGAGCACCGCGCCGCGAGCGCCAAGCUCAUCGCCGUCUUCCUCGGAUUCCAGGCCGGCACCCCGUUCGUCUACCAGGGCCAGGAGAUCGGGAUGACAAACGUCCCCAAGGACUGGCCCAUGGAGGAGUACAAGGAUGUCGACUGCCUGAAUCAUUGGAGUUUGUUCAAGGAUACUGCGGAUGAGAAGACCAAGGAGGAGCUCAAGAGGAACUACCAGAAAAAGUCUAGAGACAACGCGCGCACCCCGAUGCAGUGGGACUCGACGUCCAAUGCCGGCUUCACGAGCGGGAACGAGCCCUGGAUGCGCGUGAAUGAUAACUACAAGGCCAUCAAUGCCGCGGCCCAGGUCUCAGACCCCAACUCAGUCUACCACUACUGGAGGCAGGUCCUCGAGAAGCGCAAGGAGCUGAAGGACAUUUUCGUCUAUGGAGACUUUACACUGGUCGACGAGCCCAACGAGCGUGUGUUUGCAUACAAGCGUAUAGCCAGCGAUGGCGCUGCUGCGCUGAUCGCUUGCAACUUCUCUGCGGAUCGAGUGAGUUGGGGUUUCGAGGGCAAAGCCAAGGAGGUACUAGUAAGCUCAGGUGGGAAAUCAUUGGAGAAUGUAAGCAGUGGCGAGAUAUCCCUGGGGCCAUACGAGGCUAUUGCCUUGCUCCUCUAG